GGAGCCGAGCAGUGUGUGCCGAGUGCUGCAGCCGCUGUCUGUGAGAGCACGGCACUCUCGUGAGUCUGUAUAUUGAGGAAAGAGGCGCGUCCGAGUCUCCGUCUUUGCGUUCGUUUCCCAGCGGAUUCGUGCGGUGUAUUUUUGAAGAAAAAUUCGAAAAAAAUUUCCUCGUUGAAGCGCAAAUUUUUCGUUCGCCGUGCUGAGCCUCGACGUGGGAUUUUCGCUCGUUCUUUCGCGCUAUUUUUACGAGGAUUAAUGCCCUCACGAUCCUCCAAGUGCGGCCACUUUUACAGUGUUUUUUCCUUCUCGUCGUCGUUGUUUUACUUGUGAAUCAAUGAAACGGUGGGCCACGAUCGGGCACUAAAAUCGAGGAAACUUCAUCGGAGAGCCGAGGAACUCGGACGUGAGAAUCUGAGAUAAAUGGCUCCAUCGUGUUGAGGGAAUCUCGACCAAGUCAUAGAGAGGAAACGAAGAAGAAAGGGCAGCGGAAUAUUGAGUCGAAAUGGUCCUUGCUUCUUGUUAUCGGGCGGCCCUGACAGCCGCCAUUAUUAUCGUUUUUUUAACAGAUUUUGGAGAUGCACAAUACGGAAGAGACCCGCGAAUCGCGCCGAAAGCGAAAAGAAGACACCCCUGUGAGCAAGGAUCUUGUUAUCCGGCAACGGGGGAUUUGCUCAUAGGCCGGAAGCACCAUUUGACCGCCUCCUCGACGUGUGGUCUCCACGGGCCUGAAAGAUAUUGCAUCGUUUCCCAUUUGAGGGAGAGGAAGAAAUGUUUCUUCUGCGAUGCUUCGUCGCCGAAGCAGCAGCACAACAUCACGAACAUCGUGAGCGGGUCGGGCAGGAACUCUUGGUGGCAGGCGGAGAACGGGGUGGAAAACGUGUACAUCCAGCUGGACCUCGAGGCCGAAUUCCACUUCACCCACUUGAUAAUCCGCUUCCAGACGUUCAGACCGGCGGCGAUGCUGAUCGAGAGGUCCCACGAUUUCGGAAAAAGCUGGCAAGUCUAUCGUUACUUUGCUCACGACUGCGAACAAUCGUUCCCGGGCGUGCCGACCUUCGGGUCGAAAAAGCUGACGGACGUUGUUUGCGAUUCCCACUACUCGAACGUCGCGCCUUCCGAAGGCGGUGAAACCAUUUUCCGCGUUUUGCCUCCGAACUUGCAAUCCGUCAUCGACAAUCCGUACUCGAAGGAAGUGCAGAAUCUCAUGAAAAUGACGAACCUCCGCAUCAACUUCACCAAACUGCACACCCUCGGCGACGACCUCUUGGACGAUCGACCCGAAAUUCGAGAGAAAUAUUACUACGCCGUCAAGGACAUGGUCAUCCGCGGAUCCUGCUCUUGCUACGGCCACGCGUCCGCCUGCCUCGCACUUCCGGGCGUACAGAACGAGGAAGAAAUGGUUCACGGACGCUGCGAGUGUACCCACAACACGAAGGGUCUCAACUGCGAAAACUGCCAAGACAUGUUCAACGACGGCCCGUGGAAACCCGCCGUCGGCAAACAAACCAACGCCUGCAGACCCUGCAACUGCAACGACCACGCAACCUCUUGCCACUUCGACGAAGCUGUCUACGAAAAAUCGGGACGCGUUUCCGGCGGCGUCUGCGACGAUUGCCAACACAACACCAGAGGCCGAAACUGCGAACAGUGCAAACCCUUUUUCUAUCAUGACGUUCGGAGAAAUAUCACCGAUCAGGAUGCCUGUCAACCGUGCGACUGUGAUCCCGGUGGUUCGUUGGACGACGGAAUUUGCGAUUCGAGGACGGACGUGCUGAGUGGCGAGGUGUCUGGUCGUUGCCAUUGCAAAACGAACGUCGAGGGACGUCGUUGCGACGUGUGCAAAAAUGGAUUCUGGAAUUUCGACGCCAACAAUCCAGACGGUUGCGAAGCUUGCACUUGCAACCCUCUCGGGACCAUCGACAAUCAAGGCUGCAACAUGGUCACGGGCGAAUGUACCUGCAAACGUUACGUCACGGCCCGUGACUGUAAUCAGUGUUUGCCGCAAUAUUGGGGACUGAGCGACGAUCACGACGGUUGCAAGCCUUGCGACUGCGACCCGGGUGGCUCCUACGAUGCUACUUGUGACGUUGUAACUGGACAGUGCCGUUGUCGACCCCACGUCACCGGCAGAAACUGCAACCAACCUGAGCAGAGUUACUACACAGGAGCUUUGGAUUUCCUGAUUUAUGAGGGCGAACUUUCGAGAGGCAGUGACAAUUGUCAGGUCGUGAUAAGGGAGCCUUACAGAGAUGGCAGAGACAACACGUGGACGGGAACGGGUUUCAUGAAAGCUUCGGAAGGUGCAACGAUGAAUUUCACCAUAAAUGACAUCCGAAGAUCGAUGUGGUACGACGUCGUCUUGCGUUACGAAACUUUGCAUCCUGGUAUCUGGCAAGACGUUGAAAUAAUUGUUGAGCGAGACGGUCCCGUCGAGCCGGAGGGUCCGUGCGCCGACUGGCAUCCCGAAAACGAUCGGCUGUGGGUGCAGUUGCCUCACACGGCUCGCAGUGCCGUUGCUGAUCCAGCGAUCUGCCUCGAAGCUGGCAAGGUUUACAAGGUUUUCAUUCAGUUCCGGAAAUUCGACAGCCAAGUCGACACUCCGACGGCGUCGAUACUCGUCGAUUCGAUCGUUUUAAGGCCGAGGAUCGAAGCGAUUCCAUUCUUCAGCGGUUCUGGCCCCGGUGAAAUGCGUCGCAAGGAGUACGACAGGAACCGUUGUAACGAGAUAUUCAACGACGUUGCUCGCUACAGCUCCCGGGAGGCGGAAAUCUGCGAAAAGUACAGAAACAGCAUCGGUUACUACGUUUUCGACGGCGCCCAUUCCUGCGAGUGCAACCGAACCGGUUCGCACAGUCUCCUCUGCGAGAACUACGGCGGCCUGUGCCCGUGUAAAACGAACGUUGUUGGCAGGCGCUGCGAUCACUGUGCGCCAGGAACUUACGGGUUCGGUCCGGAGGGCUGCGUCGCCUGCGACUGCAACGCGGUCGGGGCUCUGGACAAUUUCUGCGACGUUGAAACCGGACGCUGCAAAUGUCGACCGAACACUUACGGCCGCAGUUGCGGCGAGUGCAACCCCGGGUUCUGGAACUUCCCACACUGCAAACGCUGCGAAUGCAACGGACACGCCGAGUCGUGCGACUCCAAAACUGGCGCUUGCAUCAACUGCCGCGAUUACACUACCGGCCACAACUGCGAUCGAUGCGUCGAAACGUUCUACGGCGAUCCACGAAUCGGAGUCGACAUUCCGUGCAGAGCCUGCCCGUGUCCAGGCACCAGGGAUUCGGGACAUUCGUACGCGGACAGUUGCAGCCUCGAUUCUGUGACGCACGACGUAAUUUGCGAAUGCUACGAAGGUUACUCGGGGCCUCGAUGUGAAACCUGCGCCGAGAAUUACUUCGGCAAUCCGGAGGAGUCGGACGGCGGCUGUUCGCCUUGUAAUUGCAGCAACAACACGGAUCUCGCGAGGCCUGGAAAUUGCGACCCCAGCACGGGAAGGUGCCUCCAGUGUCUCUACGACAGCGACGGGCCCAAUUGCCAGUAUUGCAAACCAGGCUUUUACGGUAACGCUCUGGAAAAGGAUUGCCAUGAUUGCAUGUGCGACGUUUUGGGAACCGACGCCAGCGCUGGGCCCUGCAACCACCGCAACGGGCAGUGUCCCUGCCUCCCUCACGUCGUGGGCAAGCUCUGCGACGCUUGUGAAGAAAAUCACUGGAGAAUCGCGAGCGGACAGGGCUGCGAUCCCUGCGAGUGCGACCCGGUCGGAAGCAUAUCAGACACGUGCAAUCCGUUCGAUGGGACCUGCGAGUGUCGAUCCGGUUUCGGUGGGCGUCGUUGCAACGAGUGCCAAGCGAAUUACUAUGGAAAUCCGAACUUGGAGUGUUUGCCUUGUCUUUGCGACGAGAUUGGUUCGGCGAGUCAGCAAUGUGACCGUGUGACGGGUUCCUGCGUGUGCCACAAAGGCAUCGGAGGUGAGAAGUGCGACCGGUGCGACCGUGGCUACAUCGGGGACGCGCCGUCUUGCAGUCCUUGCGGCGAGUGUUUCGACAAUUGGGACUUGAUUCUUGACGGUUUGAGGAACAAGACGAAUCUCGUGAUCGAGGAAGCCUCCAGAAUUCAAAAAGUCGGUACGACCGGAGUUUACAGUCAGCAGUUUGACGAGAUGAUCGAUAAUUUGGACCAGGUUCGAGGCCUGAUUACGAGCACAUCGGUCCGGAGUCAAGAUCUCGACGUGCUCAACGAUUUGGCCGAGAAUCUCGCGAGCAACAUCACCGAAUCGGAAAAAACUUUGAAGAAUGUUCAGAACGAAUUGGAGCUGGUCAGCAACCGGGUCAAUCUCGACGACGUUUCUCUUAAGGGGUUGAAAAACCGUACGAAUAACCUCCACCAGGGCGCGGCACUGUUGAGCGAGGACGCGAUGAGGCUCCAAGAAGCAAACGUCCAAGGAGCACUCAACGUCACUCAACAAAUGGCGGAGCAAUCGAAACAAGCUGAGAAAAUGGCCAACGAAACGACCAACGUCCUCGGCGACGCCGAAAGGUACAGAAAACACACCGAAACAUUCCUAGCCAAGAACAGCGCCGCCGUCAACGACGCGCAAGAACGCAGCAUCGAGUCUCUCCAGAAACUGGACAGGAAACUCAAGGAAUUCGAUGACGAAAUGCCCAACCUCAAUCUCGGCAUGUGCGGCGACAACGUUACCGAUUGCAGCAACGUCUGCGGAGGCGCCGGCUGCGGAUCAUGCGGCGGACUUUCCUGCGACGCCGGCGCCAUCACCAAAGCCAAUCAAGCCCUUGACGUCGCCAAAAAACAAGCCGCCAAAAUCAAAUUGCACAGGGACGAAGCUGAACAACUUUUGCGAAAUAUGUUGGACAUUAAACAAGACGCGACAGCCGCUCGUGGGAACGCUCAGGACGCGUUCAACGCAGCUUGGGACGCGAGAAAUCGCUCCGACGCCGUAGCCAAAUCGGUGACCGAAGCUACCGAAAGAAUUUGGAGCAUGCUCAACGAGGAUCAACCGACUCCGGUAAUGGUGCGCGAUCUCGCUGAAGAAGUUUUGAGCAAAAACAUCCACCUCCAACCCGACGAGAUAAAGAAACUCGCUGACAAGAUCAAGGACAUCGUCGGAUCUCUAACCGAUUCCGACAGAAUUCUCGCCGACACGGCCAACGACAGGAAAAAUGCUCAUGACCUUGAAGUUCGUGCGAAGAGGGCCAAAGAAGCAGCCCUGGAAAAGCAGACGCAGGCAGGAAAGGUCGUCGAAUUAUUGGCCGAUACUCAAGAGGCGCAGGGCAAAGCCGAAUCGGCGAUCGACCAGGCCGAGCACGACAUCGCUCUGUCGGAGAAAGAUUUGAAAGACAUCAACGAGGUGACGAAGGAAGCGGGAAAGAAGGCCGCGAACACGACGGCCUCGGUGGAUGCUUUGGAAGCCCUUUUGACCCAACUUCAGGGACAAUCGGUGAGAAACGAUUUCGUUCUAAAGGACGAGAUCCGAAACGAGUUAUUGAAAGUCGCCAACAACGCGACGAUCGUUAAGAACAAAAGUGAUCGUUUGGGCAGCGAGUACAAGCGAGCCGGAGAUUCGUUGAACUAUCGAGUGACCAAGAGCAAAGACGAUAUUCAAAGAGCGAAACAAUUGUUGCAACGAGCAUCCGAGCUGACCGCCGACACAUCGACCAAAUUUAAGGACCUCGACGGUAUGGAAAGCGUUUAUCGAGACAACGACAGACUGCUGGGCGAUCUCAUGGGCGAAGUCGACGCUCUGACGGCCCAGAUGGAACGCCAUCUCGCUGAGAUCGAGCGGAAAUCCCAGUUCUCUCGUCACUGCCAGGUCUGAUGGGCGAGCCAGUUCAUUUUUUACGAAACAACCUUUUUCACAGAGGAAUACAUCGCAGCACAAUUCGAGCUUUUUACUAUUCGAACGUCGAAUUUUUCGUGCCUGCGACUAAUUUCAAUGCUACGGAGAGGCUCCUCUGAAUAUUAGAUGAAAAAAAGGAGCGUAUAACAAUUAGGAAAAAGAAAACUACUGAAUAAACGUGCCAUAAUUCGGACCGAGUAGUCCAGAAGCCUCGUGAACCCUCGACAUUUUUUUACCACCCAUUCGAACGGACCUCGACUCUCUUCAGCAGUGAAAAACAUUUUGAGGGCUGCGAAGAAGCUAUUUUCAUUCUUUUUCUCCCUCACUCCGAUCGGUUUUAUUGAAAUUUCAAAAAAUUAUAAAAUUUUGUGAGCCACUGCAACGAAGUUGCAAGCCUCCGAUAAACCUCAAACUCACCAUUCGCCUUUAAUUAUUUUACAAUUAAUCUCACCAUACGAAUUAGAAUGUCGAGUUCGAGGGAGUCGCUCUACUUUUUCGCUCCAGCGAACGAAAACCUUCAACUUUUCUUUCCAAAAAAAUAAUGCGUCUCAUUUUAUUUUCAAGAGGCUAAGAUACUUAAAUUUUAUAAAUACGAAGCCUCAAUUAAACUUGGAAAUAGCGAGCAAGUUAUUGAGUUUGAAAAAUAAUGAAAGUUCUUGAGAUUAUUACGAAGCACACGUACACCCAAGUCUGUAAAUAAAAACAGUUCACAAAAAUCUGUGUCGGAUACAAAUUAUUUUGGAAUCGAGCAUUCAACGUAGAGGGAUCAAUUGAUUUGAGCUUAAACUGAAAAUAAAGUUUUACAAAAAUAAAGGUAAAUAAGGAAACGAAAAGAGGACCAAAUUCAAAGGACACAGUCUUCAUUAUGCAUUACCCAGUACUGUAGUAAUAAAUAGUGUAUUUCUCGAGAGAAGGAGAAAAAGCAACGAAAAAAGGAGACAAAAUUUAUAUAUUAAACGUAGGAAUAUGUAACGAUAAGAAAAAUGCAAUAAUUUUAAUACGCUUCAACCAAA